AUGAUCGAAGAUAAGGACGGCAACAAACAAAGCGAUGGAAAUGAACCGCAUCAGUACCAAGCUGGCUCAACAACACACCGCCCGGAAGACGAAUGGAAAACCAGGCCACCGUAUCGGAUCCAUGACAAGGCUGAAAAUUUCGAUGUAAAAUGGAAGGGCAAAUGCCACUGCGGCGCGGUGCAGUAUGAGCUGAGCCGGGAGAAACCACUGUCAUCCAAGUAUUGCCACUGCACAACCUGCCAGCGGAUGCACGGGGCUCCGUUCCAAUGGGCAGCCAUCUUCCACAAGACCGACAUCAACUUCACCAAAGGCCAUCAUGACCUGGGAUGGUACGACCCCACCGCCAAGUCGACGACACACCACCUGCCGUGCAAGGUGCAGUGUGCCUACUGUCGGACCCCGAUCAUGGACGAAGGCCGCAACAUGAUCCUGCUAUUCCCCACGCUCAUCGAUGAGAUCAACACGAGCAAGGGGAGGGAGGCGUUCAAGGCGCAAUGUCACAUGUUCUAUCCGCAGCGGGUAGUGGACGUCAAGGACGGGCUGCCAAAGUUCAAGGGGCUGGCUGAUGAGAGUCCGCUGGUGGACGAGGAGACGGGGGAGGAGAUUCCAGGGAGUCAGCCGAAGAAGAAGGAUGAGGAGGGCAAGUGA